AUGCCUUCGUCAAAGCGGAAAGCAGAGGAAAUGGAGCGGGAAAAGCAGAAAAUCGCCAGAACCAACCAAAAGAUUACUAAUCUUUUCAAGACCUCGGGGGCGGCUAAAACCUCAUCACCGCCGACAGCGACAACAUCGGAGGCGAUAUCGUCUUCAUCGGUGGCAGCGGCAACAUCGGGGGCAGCUAAAACCUCAUCACCGCCGACAGCGGCAACAUCGGAGGCGAUAUCUUCUUCAUCGGUGGCAGCGGCAACAUCUGGGGCGGCUAAAACCUCAUCACCGCCGACAGCGGCAACAUCGGGGCGAUAUCGUCUUCAUCGAUUGCAGCGACACGUGGAAGACGAAAUAUCGUGGGCCAUCUUCACCACAUUUGCUGAUCAGAAUGAAGGCACAGUCGACUUAGUGCUCUGCGCAUUGUGCAAGCGCCAUCGCAUCCAUGGCAAGAAUGGGAAGAAGACUUGGUCGGAAGAUGGAUAUCGCCUUCUUCGUGAUGAUAAGCUCAAGGACCACCAGGACAGCGACCAGCACAAGGAAGCGAUUGGCAUAGAGCUGAAUUUGACGAUACAAGAGGCUAGCGAAAAGAUGGCAUCGGUUGCGACAGAAGCUAUCAUCUAUGCCCUUCGAUGCUUGUAUUUUUUAAUUUCAAACAAUCUGCCACUCGAUCUCCUGAAGAAUGUCAUGGACCUAUGUAUCGUGACAGGGUCCACUACACUUUCGCAGUUCAGAAAGUCCAAGAAUGCCACAUACUCCAGCUGGGACAUUAUAAAUGAACUUCUAUGCACCAUUAACAAACACGUCGAAGAACAAGUCACUGGAGAAAUCAAAUCAAGUCCAACCUACUCACUGAUGUGUGACGAGGUCGCCGAUAACAGAUCCAUCAAGCACCUUGCCGUUUGUUCACAGUAUAUUGCACAGAGCGGGGACAUCAAGACAGCGUUCCUCUUUGACAAGGAACUUCCUAUGGCCAAUGCAGAGACGAUUACGACAACUCUGCUGUCGUCGGUGGAAGAACUCGGACUACACACCAAGGACAUGUCUUCGUUUGGAUCAGAUGGGGCUGCUGUGUUUACAGGGAAACGAAACGGCGUCGGGGCCAAGUUGAAAGAAGUGAACAGCUUGAUGAUAACUUAUCACUGCCGAGACCACCGCCUGGCACUGGCAUGCCGUGACACAUACGCAAAGAUACCCGCCAUGAAGAAAACGGGCAACCUUCUGGAGAACAUCUACAAAUAUUACAAAUACAGCUGUCCCAACACUGCAAGCCUAAAAGAGGUACAAACAGAGGCGCCACUGGCCAUCAAACAAGCGAAACAUCAUAGAUGGCUGAGUCACGAGGCAGCAGUUACAUCCAUCGUGAAGUCGUACCAGUCGAUCGUGGUUGAUCUAGAAAAGAAGACCAUCAAAGAUGACCCUGUAGGUAAUGGGAUCCUCAAGGAACUCAAGAAAACCCAAACGCUACGAUGUCUGCUCUUCCUGGCCGACACGCUGCCGAUAGUUUCGACUCUGUCCAAAUUUUUCCAAGGAGAGAAAGUUAACCUGGGCCAAGUUAAGAUGCAAAUGGAGAAGUCACUUUGCCUGCUUCAAGACAGCAAGGAGAAGAUGGGUCCUUGGCAGAAUAAAGAGAAGACAAUCACAGAGAAGAUAGGACUCCACAUCACCAGCGAUGACGACAAUGACUUCAAGACAACCAUCAAGACGCCUUUCCUAGACAUGCUGACAGAGAACAUCAAGAACCGUUUUGAAGACAGCGAUAUCAUCGAGAAUUUAGCAAUCCUGGACCUUUCCCUUGAGGAGAACAUUCGGGCCAUGUACGGACUGAAUGAGAUGGAGGAUAUUGCCAGCCACUUCAACAUAGAGCCAAAGGAUCUGCAACUACAAUGGGAAGAUUUCUGCCAACUGAUGAACUUGAAGACGAAGGACCAUAGGACCAUGGACAACAUCAUCAAGGACUUCAAGAGAGAAGAUACCGGCCUUAUCACACAGUACCCUUUCAUUUACAAGAUACUGAGCACUGCCCUCGUGCUUCCACUGAUUACCGGAAUAAACCCCCUUCGGAAGAAACCCCCUUCCUUAAAAAAGGUACCAGCAGGAGACUCCCAGACAGUCUUAGACAGUGUCAAGACCGCAUUGACGCCUGCAGGAGACUUCCAGACAGUCUGCGACGGUGCCAAGACAGUCUCUCAGACCGGCAAGGCACCUGCAAAAGACUCCUAG